GAAAUCAUCAUCAUUAUUUUUUUCGAUUAAAUUGAAAAGCUUACAUUAAUAAGAUAUAUUACUUACAAAUAGUAAUCACUUUCCUAUUUGAUUGAUUGAGUGAUUUUGAAGUACCCAAUUGAAAUAUAUCGAAUCGAUUCAUAUAUAAACAUUAUUUUUUUCUGGUUCAUUUUUGGUUCAUAUUAAUAAUCAUAAAAGACAACUGAAUAAAAUGGCUGAAGAAAUCAAAACUUUUACAUUGACUGAAGUUGCCGAACAUAAUGAAAAGAAAUCCGUUUGGAUCAUUAUCCAUGAUUGCGUUUAUGAUGUGACUCCAUUCCUUGAUGAGCAUCCAGGUGGCGAAGAAGUUCUAAUCGAACAAGCCGGUAAAGAUGCAACCGAAUCAUUCGAAGAUGUGGGCCAUUCUACCGAUGCUAGAGAUAUUAUGAAAAAAUAUAAAAUUGGUGAAUUAUGUGAGGCGGAUAAAAAGAAAACAAAAAAAGUUGAGGAAAAGACAAUUUCAUGGUCCGAUCCGAAAAACAAUGGCAAUUCAAGCGAUUGGAUGACCUGGACGAUUUCUAUUGUUAUUGCAUUGGUUCCUAUAGUUUUAUAUCGAAUGGGCUAUUUUGGUUCAAACAAAUAAACAGUUGUUCAAAUCAUCAUACCUAUAUAGAAGAAAAACAAGCACAAUGAAUACUAAAAGCAAAGCCAACUUUAUUUUUAUCUCUACUAAUUCACAAUUAUUAAUGAAAUUAUCAUCAUUGGCGAAAUUCAGGAAAAAAAAUUGUCAUUAGAAAUAUUCUAAUUACCAUUGUUUUUCAAGAUUAUUACGACAUUUGUUGUAUAAAACAGAAAAAAAUUUGUUGAAAAAUAUUCAAAUCAAUAAUAAAAUAAAUACUAAAUGAUAAUAAUGAAA